AUGGACGAUCUCUCAUCGUUGCUGGCCUCUGACCACGUCUGUUACAUUCAGUCACGCUGCGAUAUAUUCACUCGUGAAUAUUACGAGCUCUCGGAUGCUGAGGUUCGUGCGCUCGAAGCAAAUGGCAACUCUGCUGAAAAUUGGCAUAACGUGCGGAAGACCAACGCAGAAGCACAAUUGCAGACAUCGCUAAUCCGACAGAAUACAUUUCACGGUAAAGUUGUACUUGGCUGCUUCUCUGCUUCAUUUUGUCACGACGUGGACGGGAUUUCAUUUGCGAGCGGCGUCUAUAAUUCGGCGCUAAAAAACGUAGUUGUGCUGGAUGAAGCCCUUGUGAAGGACACUAUGGUACUUCGGGACGUGCUUGUCGAUGCACAGGCAUCUAUCAUUAAAUGUACCAGUGUUACGGGUUCAAAAAACAAAGAUGCAGUUGUAUCUGCUAACGGUAACUCGCUGCACGUCGGAGUAGAAACUGGUGGUCGUGAUUUACGAAUUGUAGCUGACCUUUCCUUCAAAUUGGGCGUUGCUGUCGUCACACAACGAAAUGAUGUCGAUUUUCUGACUGCGUAUAACUCAUUUGUUGAUAAAUACGUGGCAGCGGUAAAAGCUCCAAUGGCUAUAGUAGCGCAAAGCGCACGAGUACGUGGGUGUAAUCGUGUGCAAGAGUCUUUUGUGGGACAUUUUGCGACUAUAGAAGACAGUGAUGUGGUGAAUUCGACUAUUCUAUCGACAAAAGAGGAGCCAAGUGUCAUUAAAGACAAAAGUCAUGUUUCCGACUCAAUCUUGCAGUGGAAUUCGACAAUUGAGGCGCUUAGUAUUGUUCAAGACACUUUCUUGUGUGAUACAACUCAUGUAGAGCGUCAUGGCAUUGUCAUAAGCUCAGUGAUCGGACCGAAUACUUCGAUUGCUGAAGGUGAAGUGACGUCAAGUUUUGUUGGGCCUUUUGUGGGUUUCCACCAUCAGGCCCUUCUAAUUGCCUCGAUUUGGCCACAAGGGAAAGGCAACGUUGGGUAUGGAGCAAACGUUGGUAGUAAUCACACGUUGAAAGCCCCCGAUCAGGAAUUUUAUCCGGGGGAAGGCUGUUUUUUUGGACUCGGGUGCAAUAUCAAGUUCCCUUGUAAUUUUGAAAAGGCUCCGUAUUCAGUUGUUGCGACUGCAGUCACUAUGCUGCCGCAGCUGUUAUCAAUGCCUUUUGCCCUGAUCAAUACGCCAGCUCACGUCAUCCCAUCACUUUCACCAGCUAUGAACGAGAUAUUUCCUGGGUGGGUGCUAUACAGCAGUGUGUUUACAGUUCUUCGGAAUGAAAAUAAAUUUCAUCUGCGUAAUAAGUCGAAACGCACACAAAUUGAUGCAGAUAUAUUUCGCAAGGAAAUCGUUGAGUACAUGAAAGAUGCUCGUGCAGCACUUCGAGCUGCAGAAGGCAAGGCGCAAGUCAUUCUGCCAAAUGGUGAAGCUGUGCACACAGAUAAACAAGUUCGUGGAUUGGGCAAAAAUUACAUGCGCGAGUCAUCUCGCCGUGAAGCAAUUACGACAUACACGUUUUUUAUUAAGCUUUUCGCUCUAAAAGCAUUAUUUAAGCGUGUUGAAAGUGGUCAAGUCUCUAUUGAUGGAACCGUCGGAAUCCUGGACGGUUGCUGCCAUGAACUAGUGACGAUGAAAGAAGAGUUUGAAGCAACGAAACGUAUCAACGAUUGCUUACAUGAUCUUGUUUCGAUGAAGAAUGAAGUUGCAAAGAAAGCAGCGGACGGAAAGGCACGGGACAAUGGACGUGGUCAGCGGAUUAUUCCCGAUUACGCGGCUGUGCACAAGUCAGCAAACAAUGAAGAAACGGUGCUGGAAGCUCAAAGUUCAGCAGAUGAUGUAAAACAACGCGUAGCCGCAUUCUUAGCGCCUCUGUGA